AUGUAUGUGAAAUGGUUUUGUACAGUAAUGUUUUACUAUGUGAUUUUAGUGAUUUUUGUGAAUGUCACUUUUUGUCAUUUUCAAAUUUCCCGCCGUUCCGUCCCCGUACGUCCCGAUGCUUGCAGAGGACGGAACCCAGAUGACAGAUGCCGGCAGCUGCCGGAUUACAUUGCCAGGGACACUGCAGGAGGGACAUCGCGGGGAGCACAGGACAAGGUAAGUGACCGAGGGAUCGCGGAGCAGCUCCGCAUGGAGUGUAGCUCGGGGUUACCGCUUGUGCUACACUCGGGAAUACCGCCAGGGAGGCUA